ACUGAAGAGCAAAGUCAAUUUAAUAAAUCCUCCCUCUCAGAUUUUCUUCUGCUGGAAUUCUCAGGUGUUUGGGAGCUGAAAAUUUUACACUUCAUUGUAUUCCUUGUCUUUUACUUGGCAGCUGCAACAGGGAAUCUUCUCAUUGUCUCUACAAUAGUCUCUGACUAUCGUUUGCACACCCCCAUGUACUUCUUUCUGAUGAACUUGGCCAUACAAGAUGUUGGACAAGUUUCGGUCAUUUUUCCUGCCUCCAUGGCCAAUUCCCUUAGGAAUGACAGUCAUAUUUCUUACUCUGGGUGUGUUGCUCAAGUGCUGUUCUAUGUCUUUUUUUUAGGAUCUGAUUUCUUUCUUCUAACCGUCAUGGCAUAUGAUCGGUAUGUUGCCAUUUGCAAUCCAUUACAGUAUGAGCUGAUGAUUAAUAAACAUGCUUGUCUUCAAAUGAUUACAGCUGUAUGGAUCAUUAGCUUGUUCUAUGGAGUACUACAUACUGUAGGCACCUUUGUAUCUCCCUUUUGCUCCAACGUUGUCAACCAAUUUUUCUGUGAAAUCCCACAAUUACUUAAGCUUGCCUGCUCUGACUUGUAUCUGAUUGAAAUUGGAAUUCUUUUGCUGAGUGCUGUGGUUGUACUAGGCUGCUUUAUUUUCAUUGUUGUGAGUUAUGUACACAUUUUAACCGUAGUGAUGAGAAUACCUUCUGGGCAGAGAAGGCAAAAAGCUUUCUCAACCUGCCUUCCACAUCUCACUGUGUGCUCUAUAUUUGUACUUACUGGAUACUUUGCUUACUAUAAGCCCCCAUCUGAUUCUCCUUCACAAAUUGAUUUGACACUGACCAUGAUAUAUACGAUGGUGCCACCCUUGAUGAAUCCACUCGUCUACAGCAUGAGAAACAAGGAGAUCAAAAAUGCUCUGAAAAAACUGCUGGGUUUAAGGGUUUUUCCCCCCCUGUGA